AUGGCCUCCGAAAACAAACGCCUGCGCAUCGCAAUCACCGGCGGUGGAUUGGCAGGUGCCACCCUCAUCAAUGCCCUCAUGAAGUAUCCACACAUAGACGUUCACAUUUAUAAAUCAGCCCCAGAAUUUUCGGAGCGCGGGACUGCUGUGGGGUUGGCCAAAAACUCUCAAAAUGCUCUUGAUGAAAUUGGUCCCUCGGUCAAGGAUGCGUUGGUGGCUGCUGGGGCUGUUUCCAUGAACUCGACGCGGGGAGCAAUUGCAUCAGGUCCCAAUGCAGGCAAAAUCAUAUUUGACCUCGUAGCAGACGUCCCGCCCCAAGGAGUUCACCGGGCAGCUUUCUUAAAGCAACUUCUAGCACCCGUUCCGAGGGAAGUAAUGCACAACAACAAAAAGCUAGUAAAGGUUGAAGAUGCAGCUGAUGGAAGUAUUGUUCUAUUUUUCAAAGAUGGCAGUAAAGAGUACGCAGAUUUACUUGUCGGCGCCGAUGGGGUUCAUGGGUAUGUGCGAGAGCAUAUACUUGGUGCAGAUCAUCCUGCUUUGCAGCCUACUUUCGCUGGGUUCUGGGACUGUCGGGCUUUGGUACCCUUUUCGAAAGCUAAAGAGGUGCUGGGUGAAGAAUGUUUCAAAGAGCAUCGCCGAUACGUAUGGUCUGGAGAUGGUGGUAUGUUCAUGCACGAUGUGCUAGAUAAUGGCAAAAUGGUGCAAUGCGUGGCUUCCAAAGUUACGGACGAAGAUUGGGACCCGAAAGAAUGGAAAAGAGAUCUCGAUCGCGAGACACUCGAGAACGCCUUUGCAUCGUGGACAAACUCUCCAAUCGUCAAAAACAUGAUCGAGGUAAAACUGAAUGACCACCAGCUCCUGCUACAAAACCCGGAGCUUCAAGCAUUUGCUCAGUGGGACCAUCAUAUAAAUGCUCCUACCUUCUACAGAGGCCGUGUAUGCGUGAUAGGUGAUUCUGCGCACGCAAUGACCCCAUAUCACGGCGCAGGUGCGGGUCAGGCUAUCGAGGACGUGAUGAUCCUGGAGACACUACUCGGUGAAGUGAAGGAGCCUUCUCAACUAGAUGCCGCUGUCAAGGCAUAUGAUGAAGUGCGCCGGCCGAGGGUGCAGCGAGUUGUGCAAUCAAGUAACAGCACGGGCCGGAUAAUGUGUGGUAAAGGUCCUGAUGUCGGCCUGGAUGUUGAUAAACUUCGCGCAGCACUAGGCCCUCGCUGGGCAUUUCUUCACGAGUUUGAUCAGAAAGAACACAAGUUCAGGGCUUUAGCUUCAUUUAGAGGGGAUUAG